UGCAACUUUCCUCAAGAAGAAGAAGAUGAAGAAGAAGAAGAGACGGGAACAAAUCAAUGGCUGAUGCUGCAGUGGGGUUUGUAGUGGAGAAACUUCGUGAUGUGAUAGUGCAAGAAGCCAUCAAUUUGUAUGGAGUGAGAGAUGAAGUGGAGUGGUUGGAACGAGAACUGCGGCGAAUGCAGUGCUUCUUAAAGGAUGCAGAUGCAAAGAAGAACAAUGGAGGUAUUGAUGGUGAGAGGGUGAAGAACUGGGUCACAGAGAUGAGAGAUCUGGCUUUUGAAGCUGAGGACAUCAUUGACACUUUCAUGUAUUACAAGCUCCGAAGACGAGAGAGCGAUGGCUGCAUUGGCUUCAUUGAGAGGUUUACAUUUAUAUUUGAUGAAUUGGUCAGUAGACACAAGGUUCAUGUGCAAAUUGAAAGGGUAAAAACUAAGUUGCUGGAGCUAUCUCGAAGUAGAGAAGUAUAUGGCAUUUCUAAUAUAGGUGAAACAAUUGUCACAACUAGUCACCCUAGAAGUCAAAAUGUGAUCCCUAUAUUGCCUCAACUGAGAGAUGACAUUGAUAUGGUUGGCUUUGAUGAUGAGAAGAAAAAGAUUGUGCUAGAGUUGGUUGACAUAAACAAUACAAAUCAGUCAGUGAUCUCUAUUGUGGGUAUGGGUGGUCUGGGAAAGACCACACUUGCUAAAUCUGUUUAUAAUGAUCUUGAAGUCAAGAGAAGUUUUGAUAUAUUUGUAUGGGUAAUCAUAUCUCAACAAUAUACCAUCCUUGAGAUUUUGAAGGAAAUCUUGUCAGAAACUUCACCAGAAGAUACAAUCCAGACCCUCUCAGUAAAAGUUUUUGAAAAAUUAAAGAAAGGCAAGUACUUAGUUGUUCUUGAUGAUGUUUGGAAAGCAGAUGUGUGGAAUGAAUUACUAAAAGUUUUUCCAGAUAUUAAUAAUGGAAGCAGAGUUAUUAUCACCACUCGCUUCGCAAAUGUUGCUAAGAUUGCAAAUCCUACCACCAAACCACAUGAAUUGCGUUGCUUAGAUGAAAAUGAGAGUCGGGAGUUGUUUCUUCGCAAGGUCUUCCCAAAUCAAAAUAUUGAAACAUGUUGCCCAACAUAUUUGGUUGAUUAUGCUCAUCAACUUGUUCAAAGGUGUGGAGGUCUACCACUUGCACUAGUAGUCCUUGGAGGACUUGUCUCAACUAAACCACAAACCAAAGAUGCAUGGCGGAAAGUUGUUGAGAACAUGAAAGGGCAAUUUGUGGAAGGUGGAGAAAGGUGUUUAGAAAUAAUUGCAUUGAGUUACAAUGAUUUGCCAUAUUACUUGAAAUCAUGUUUUCUUUAUUUUGGUUGCUUCAAAGAGGACAUGACUAUUUCUGCAGAAACAUUAAUUAGAUUGUGGUUGGCAGAAGGUUUCUUACCAGCAAAAAAUAUUAAGACCACAGAAGAAAUUGGAUUAGAUUGUCUGGAGGAGUUGGCACAAAGAAGUUUGAUCCAAGUUACCGACCGAAAAUAUGAUGAUAGUGCAAACGAAUUCCGAAUCCAUGAUCUCUUGCGUGAUGUGUGCAUUAGGGAAGCCAAAGAGAAUAGAUAUUUUGAAGUCUACAAUAAUAAUGACAAUGUAGAUUCUAUGACAAUGUCAAAUGCAGCCCGACGAUUAGUCGUAUGUAAUAAGAUUGACAUUCUAAACUAUUCUAACUUAAUGUCGCGGGGUCUAUUCUACGGUGUCGUAGGAAUUAUUAAUCAUCUGGCUUUCAGUGCUUUGAAAGGGCAGCUUGACAGAUUUAAAUUAUUAAGAGUGCUUUGUUUGUAUACUUCGGGUAUCUCAGAAUUUCCAAGUGAAAUCAAAUCAUUAAUUCAUUUAAGAUAUCUUGAGUUGCAUAUUCUCCGUCUGAAGGAAGUUCCAUCAUGGAUUGGUCAUCUCCGCAAUCUCCAAACUUUUAUUGUAUUCCCUACAGUUGUAUACAAUAUAUCAGAUUCACUCUGGACAAUUGACAAUCUCAGGCAUGUUGAUCUACCAUGUACAAAAUGGGUUCCUCCUCCAAAUAUGGGAAAUAAUGUACCAAAGAAUUUGCAGACUUUAAAAGGGGUAAAUGCUGGAUCGUGGAUAAAGAAUACACUUCCAAAGCUCACAAAUCUUUGCAAAUUGAAAAUUCAUAGAGUCUGUUAUUAUCAUGCUGAUGCCCUAUCUUCAUCACUCCAGAAAUUGGGUCGUCUUGUCUCUUUUACUAUACAUUAUGGACAAAAAAUUCCUUUGGACAACAUCAUUACAGCCUUUUCCAAUCAACAUUGCCUCAAGGACUUGUACCUCGAUGGAAGUUUGAGCUGCGAACAACUUCCACACAAUGAUGUAUUUCCUCAACAACUAAUGAAAUUAGAUCUGCUCGAUUCUGGAUUGGAGCAAGACCCAAUGGCAACACUGGAGAAGCUGCCAUAUCUCAAAUAUCUACGACUCCAUCGUGCAUAUAGAGGCAAACAGAUGAUAUGUUCGGCAACAGGUUUCCCUCAACUGUUAUCCUUGAUUAUUGAAAAUCUUGAGGAACUUGAGGAGUGGCAGAUUCAGGGGAAGGCAAUGUCUUGCCUCAAGUCUUUGAAGAUCCAAGAAUGCAAAAGAUUGAAGAUGAUUCCAGAAGGACUAAGGAAUGUGCUACUUGAUCAAUUGAAGUUAGACUAUAUGUUUAGAGAAUUCGUGAGUAGGACGAAGGAGAAUACAGGAGAAGACUGGUACAAGAUACAACAUGUGCCCAACAUCUCCUUUAUAUAGUCAUAUGUAGCGCGCCAUGGAUAAUAUGUUCAACUGUUAGUUGCCCUCAAAAGGAGCUGCGUGCGUGAGGAGUGAUUUUGGACUUGAAAGGAGCUCCAUAUUAAGUCAGCAAGCAAGGAAGCAUGCAUGAAGUUUCUUAUAAAUGAACUCUACUUCAAUAGAUGUUUGUGUGGAUGUCUGUGAUUUUAUUUAUGUAAUGUUGUAUGGGUUUGAUAUUUUGUGGUUAUAUGCCCAGACAUAUAUGUGUAUUUGUGAUUUUAUUUUGCAAUGUAAUUGGGUUUGAUACUUUAUCAUUGUAUUUCUA